AGCUGCCAUUGGGGGGAAGUGGACCGGGCUUCACAAUAACUGGAGAUUUUUAGGAGUGACGAAAAACGGCAAAAAAAAAAUCUACCGUGGAGCGAAAUUGUGUACAAAUUUGUGCUGUGGACGUUUCAGAGACCACCCGCACUGUCUUCAAGGCGGCCCAAGCGAAAACUGCGAACAGGACCAGCAGAAUUGAGCCGCGGGACUGUGGUGCUGGGUAUACGUGCUGUGUGGAAAAAAUAUAGCUGGCCAGCUACUGUGCUAAACUGAAGAGGAAACGCGGUGCUUGGAAAGACAUUGAGUAAAAGGCUCCAAUCGAAUCCCGGGGCUUGUUUAAUGAAUUAACGUUAUGUCUGCCACAAGUAUUGACCCUCAGAGACCAAAAGGACAAGACUCUAAAGUGCAAAAUGGUUCACUUCACCAGAAGGAAACUGUCCAUGACAAUGAUUUCGAGCCCUACCUCACCGGCCAGUCCAACCAGAACAACAGCUACCAGUCCAUGACGGAUCCCUACAUGUCCAGCUACUACCCCCCCUCCAUCGGCUUCCCCUACCCGCUGAGCGAGGCGCCCUGGUCCACGGGCGGGGACCCCCCCAUCCCCUACCUGACCCCCUACGCCCCGCUCAGCAAUGGAGACCACCAUUUUAUGCACGACACGGUUUUCGGGCAGCCGGGGGGACUGGGGAGCAACAUCUACCAGCACAGGUUCAACUUCUUCCCCGAGAACCCGGCCUUCUCGACCUGGGGCACCAGCGGCUCGCAGGGGCAGCAGACUCAGAGCUCGGCCUACGGGGGCAGCUACAGCUACCCCCCCAGCUCCCUGGGCGGCACCCUGGUGGACGGGCAGACGGGUUUCCACAGCGACACCAUGAGCAAGGCCCCGGGGAUGAACAGUCUGGAGCAGGGCAUGGUGGGGCUGAAGAUCGGGGGCGAGCUGGCGGGGUCGGGGGUCAAGGCCGUGGGCUCCAUGAUCGGCGGGGCGGCGGGGAACGGCGGGGCCCCCAUCGGCAUGCCGCCGCCCAAGCCGGCGUCCUGGGCGGCCAUCGCCAGCAAGCCCGCCAAGCCCCAGCUGAAGGCUAAGACCAAGCCGGGCAUGCCCCUCCCCGGAGGCGCGCUCCCUCCCCCGCCAAUCAAACACAACAUGGACAUUGGCACCUGGGACAACAAGGGCCCCGCCUCCAAGCCGCCCCCUUCCCACCAGCCCCUCCCCCACCCUCACGGCCACCCCCACCCCCUGCCCCCGCCCCAGCAGGCCCCGCCCCCCCUACAGUCCCCGCAGUCCCUGGCCCAACAGCAGCUCUCCAUGCAGGGCCCGCCCCACCAGGCCCCGCCCCUCCACAACCCCUACCAGAACCACGCCCAGGCCCCGCCCCCGCAGACCCGCUGGGUCGCCCCUCGCAACCGUAACCUGGGUUACGGGCAGGGAGGGCCCAUGGAGGGGGGCGGCGGCGGCCCCUGCUCCUCCGGCGGGGGCGGGCCCCCGGGGGCGGGGCCCGGGGGUUUGGGGGUGGGGCCGGGCGGGGCGGAGUCCCACCCGGUGCUGGAGAAGCUGCGGGCGGCGCACAGCUACAACCCAAAGGACUUCGACUGGAACCUGCGCACCGGCCGCGUCUUCAUCAUCAAGAGCUACUCCGAGGACGACAUCCACCGCUCCAUCAAGUACUCCAUCUGGUGCAGCACGGAGCACGGCAACAAGCGGCUGGACGGGGCCUUCCGCGCCAUGGCCACCAAGGGCCCCGUGUACCUGCUGUUCAGCGUCAACGGCAGCGGGCACUUCUGCGGCGUGGCCGAGAUGCGCUCGCCCGUGGACUACGGCACCAGCGCCGGCGUCUGGUCGCAGGACAAGUGGAAGGGCAAGUUCGACGUGAGCUGGCUGUUCGUCAAGGACGUGCCCAACAGCCAGCUCCGGCACAUCCGCCUGGAGAACAACGACAACAAGCCCGUCACCAACUCCCGCGACACGCAGGAGGUGCCCCUGGAGAAGGCCAAGCAGGUGCUGAAGAUCAUCGCCACCUACAAACACACCACCUCCAUCUUCGACGACUUCUCCCACUACGAGAAGCGGCAGGAGGAGGAGGAGGUGGUGCGCAAGAACUUUGAACCUGCUCCCAUCCAGAACCGGUCUCGACUGGACCAGGAACGCCAAAAUCGAAGUAAACAAUAGAAGACUGUACACUUGGCUCAGUCAACAGUUAUAAUAGGACUGACAUUUUGAAAUUUAAAAAAAAGAAAAAAAAAGAAAAAUGAAAUGGAAAAAUAAAUCUUUUUUUUUUUUUUUUUUUCUCUUCUAUUUAAUUCUGGUGACUUGGGCCAGCGUUGAAACCUCUGCUUUGUGCCACAGGUACUUCAGCUGUGCGGGACAAAGCAGGUUCAUUUAUCAAGUAGCUUCAGCCCCCCCUCCCCCUGUUUUAUUUCAGUUCUACCUGCCUUUUAGUCAGACUGGUGUCUAUGCCCUACCUUCACCCCUCUUUAUUUUUCAUUUCAUUUGAAAUGUAAUCAGGGUUCUACUGCACCUGUAAUGACACCUGGCCAGUUACUAUUUUGUACAAUCAACAAAAAAAAAUCCACAUGUGUUCUAGCCUUUUUUGACCAGUAGAUGGCAGUGUGGUAGUGUUAUGGGGGUUGAUGGUACGACCCUGCUGAAGAUGCUUAGGCAGAUGGCUAGAACAGGACAAUGACAGAUGGAAUGACCUCUGACAAAAUUUUGAUGUAAAACUAUAUUUUUUGAAUUAUGUAUUUCUUGGCAUAUUACUGUUGUGACAACUUUAAGAAGAAGAGUCAAAUCAGAAAACACAUGCUAUUAUUGUUCUUUUUUCCUUCUUUCUUUUUUGGAGCCUUAAUAAUAAUUAUUUUGAAAUGACAUGGGGAAAUAGAAUAAUCUUUACUUAAAACUAUAACAGUACUAGAGAAUCAGGGAAAGAGGCUGUCAUUGACAACUGUUUUUUUCAGUUUGAGUUUUUCUCUGCCGAUCAGGAGAGAAGGCGGUCACGUUUGAGGUCUGCUUUGGAUCUUAACAAUACAACUCGAUUGUGUUUCUUUUUUUAUGAUGAUGACGUAACCUUAACUGUUCCAUAUUUUCCAGCAGGAUGUCUGUUCCUGUGUUAAGCCAGUCUGAAAAAAGUGUAGCACUCACUGCUUUUAAAAAAAGAAAAAAAUCAAUGAGAAAAAUGUGAUUUUUUUUUUGUUUGGUUUUUUUUUUCUUCUUUUUUUUUGGUUAAAUUAGAGCGAUGUGAUGAUGUAAUUGCAACAUUGGAGUGAAUUGUUUAUAACAUUUGGAAAUCACUUUUUUGAGUUACAAGUCACUUAACCUUCUUUCUCUGUCUGCUUGAUCAUUUUUGUUUUUGUUUUUUUUUUUUGUCCUCAGUAAUGCUAAGCUUUAAUGUAGGAACAUAUAGUAAGAGAGAAAGCCUCAAAUGUGUAACCUGAAAUUAAUGUUACUGAUUUACUGUCCAGAGUAAGAAAAACAAGAACGAAAUAACACA